CCCAAUCCAAACCAGAUUGAGCAGAACCAAAGAGAGCCAUUAUCGACCACAAUAAUCUUUUCCGACACACACAGUUAAUCAAUACUUACUGAAAAUGUCGCUGAUUCCGAGACUCUUUGGCGGCCGGAGAAACGGCAACGUGUCCGAUCCCUUCUCCCUCGACGUUUGGGACCCGUUCCGCGACUUGUCUUUCCCAUUUCCUGCUUCCGGUGAGACGUCGGCGUUCGUCAACACUCGCGUGGACUGGAAGGAGACACCGGAGGCUCACGUGUUCAAGGCGGACGUCCCCGGCCUGAAGAAGGAGGAAGUGAAGGUUGAGAUCGAAGACGAUCGGAUUCUUCAGAUCAGCGGGGAGAGGAACGUGGAGAAGGAAGAGAAGAACGACGCCUGGCAUCGAAUGGAACGCAGUAGCGGGAAGUUCAUGAGGCGGUUCAGAUUGCCGGAGAACGCGAAGAUGGAAGAGAUAAAGGCGUCGAUGGAAAACGGAGUGCUCACGGUCACCAUUCCUAAGGCGGAAGUGAAGAAGCCUGAUGUUAAGUCUAUUGAAAUCUCUGGUUAGACAAUCCAUUUUCCGAUCCGCUACGUGUUUAUGCAAAUCAAUACUGAAAAAUAAAUGUCAAUUCCCCCUGUGUGUUGUAUGUAUAGUUUGUAUGGAAAAGUGAAUAAAAUGAGUGUUUUUGUUUGUGUUUAAAGUCUCAAUGCCUUCUCUGAAGUUUGAAUAUGUAAUUUUUCAUUUGGGGAAGCUGACUAGAUCAUAAAGUUUUUACUCACAUUUUACCUUGAAAUAUGGUAUGUGUCGUGCAUUAUUAGAAAUGUAAGACGGUAUAAAUUGAAAUGUAAGAUCAUUUGAUCGUA